CACCACUACAACCGUCAUCACCACACGGCCCAGUCCCGCGAGAUCGACAUCGAGCCGGCUGUCAUUGUCCUUGGUGUCUCGUUCGAUCCGGGGCAACCUGACUCGUUCCGAGUCCGGAUGAGCUGCCAGCUCGGCGACCAGAAACACCAACUGAAACAACCCGAUCGGGACGAGCCGCCGCAGCCAUGGCGCUCACUCCCCGGCACAUCCAGAACCUCUCCGCGGCCGAGACCCUCGAGCCGCACUGGGGGUACGCGGACCGGGCGAUCCCAUGCACCAAUGACCCGGGCUCGUGCGCCUACCUGGACGUGGUCUACGCGGCCCACGACCGCGGCAUGAUCUACACGGGCAUCUUUUGGCUAACCAUCGGCGGCAUCCUGCUGGUCUGGGCCGUCUGCCGCCGCCUCUUCCCCGCUCGCGGGCCCGAGGACGACCUCAUCGCCGAGCAGCUCUCGCGCGCCCAACAAAAAGGGGCGGAGCAGCAGCAGCAGCAGCAGCAGCAGCAGCAACCACCAUCACUCGAAACGGACCCCGAAUCUCAACCGUCGUCGUCACCAUCAGCAUCAGCAUCAGCAUCAGCAUCAGCAUCAGCAUCCAACCCGCCCAACCCCUACCCCUACCCCCAAACCCACCCCCGCCGACCCGCCCUCGCCCGUCUCUGGCGGGCCGUGGCGGCCACCGGGCGGCGGCACCUCCUGCCGACGGCGCCGGUGCGCAUCCUCUUCGGCGCGACCACGCGGCUGCAGCUGCUGGUGCUGGCCGUGCUGGCGGGGUACCUGGCGGUGUGGACGUUCGUGGGGAUCGCGUACGCUCGGUGGGUGACGCCGGUGGCCGGGCGGGCGGGGCUGAGCAACACGCGCACGUCGCUGGGCCCGUGGGCGGACCGGGUCGGGGUGCUGGCGUACGCGCUGACGCCGCUGUCGGUGCUGCUGGCGUCGCGCGAGUCGCUGCUGGGCCUGCUGACGGGCCUGCCGUACACCUCCUUCCUCUUCCUCCACCGCUGGACCGGCUAUCUCGUCCUCGCCCAGUCGGUCCUGCACACGCUCGGCUGGGCCCUGGUCGAGGCCCGCCUGUACCGGCCCCAGCCCGAGGUGUGGAACGAGUGGGUGGCGCAGACGUACGCCGUCUGGGGCCUCGUCGCCCUCGUCCUGCUCGUCCUGCUCUGGGUCCUCUCCUGGCAGGUCGUCGUCCGCCGCGUGACGGGCUACGAGUUCUUCCGCAAGGCGCACUACGUGCUGGCCGCCGUCUACAUCGGCGCCCUCAUCGGCCACUGGAAGCAGCUGCAGUGCUUCCUGGUGCCCGGGCUGGUCCUGUGGGGGCUGGACCGCGGGGCCCGGCUGGUGCGGACCUGGAUGCUGCAUUACGGCUACUGGGCCUCCUCCUCCUCCUCCCCCUCCCCCGAGAACGGUGGCCGCAGCGGCAGUGGGGGGUGGUGGGGGUUCCGGAGCGUCGAGGCCCGCGCGAAAAUGUGGAGGGACGCCGAGCACGGGGACAUCGUCAGGCUCGACUUCGAGCACGCGCAGAAGCCCUGGAGCGUGGGGCAGCACUUCUUCCUCUGCUUCGCCGAGGGCAGCAUCUGGCAGAGCCACCCGUUCACGCCGCUGUCGCUCCCCGCCGCGGGCGCGGGGGGCAAGGUCAGGCAUUCGUACAUCUUCCGGGCCAAGGGCGGCGAGACGAAAAAGAUCGCCCGCCUCCUGGCCGACAAGGCGGCCGCGGGGGGCCCGUCUGCGGCGAUGACGACGACGCCCGUCAUCAUGCAGGGCCCGUACGGGGCGGACGUGAUUGGAGGCCUGACGCGGGACGUCAACGUGCUCUGCAUCGCCGGCGGCACCGGCAUCACCUACGUGCUGCCGGUCCUGCUGCGCCUGGUCAGGGGCAGGCCGGCGCCCGGGCGCAAGAUGGAGCUCGUCUGGGCCGUCAAGAGGGCGCUGGAUCUCGAAUGGGUGCAGCCCGAGAUGGAGGAGCUGCGCCGGCUGGGCGCCGCCCACCACCUGCGCAUCCGCACCUUUGUCACGGCCGAGCCGCUUUCCGAGCACUCGUCGUCCUCCUCCUCCUCCUCCUCCUCCUCCAAGGAGGAAAAGGUCAAGAUCGCGGACGAGAAAGGCCGGACAGAGUCGGACGACGACGUCGAGUCGACGCAGGGCGGCCCCUCCGCGGCGAGCAGAACUGGCCACCGACCGGAUGUGGCCGCCGUCGUGGUCGACUUCGUCGGUGGUGUGGCACACGGUCCGACGCGCGUAUUUGGCAGCGGCCCUCCAGGCAUGGUGGUGGAUAUGAGGGCGGCCGUGGCCAAGUGCAACUCGGGAAGGAAGGUCUGGAAGGGAGAGGAACGGUUCGACGUGCGUCUUGUUUGCGAUGAUCGGUUAGAAUGGUAAAGGAUACCCCUAUGUGAGGUUGAGUUCUGUCGGAGUUUACACCAGCCCAAACAAUUGUCUGUUGCUCGAGGAAAAACAACAGGCGAAAAUGUCUUCAUUAUAUUCAUUAAA